AUGGGGAAGAAGGCUCCGAAGUGCCCGGGAGGCAGCAGCGACAGCAGCGGCGGCAGCAUAGAGAAUACCACCAGCACUGCCAGCGGCAGCGCGGGCGCCGCCGAUUGCUUGAAGGUGAAGAGGACGAGAAGGAGCGUUCCGAGGGAGUCGCCGUCGCAGCGCAGCUCGGUCUACCGGGGCGUGACGAGGUGGUAACUUGGCUCUAUUGUUCGUUUCCUCUCCGGUUCCUAUGGAUUCCAACUGAGCGCUGUUGGUGGCGACGGGCAGGCACCGGUGGACGGGCAGAUUCGAGGCCCAUCUCUGGGACAAGGAAUCCUGGAGCGACUCUCUGAAGAAGAAAGGAAGACAAGGUCCUCUACCUCCUCCUCCUCCUCUUCCUCCUUGCUUUCUUCCUCCUGCGGUGCCCAACUGACUGCCUGCCUCCCUCCCUCUCGUCAUUGUCCAUCUUCUCGCCCACCUGGAAAUCGGCGAACAGUUUAUCUUGGUGAGUUUUAUUGCUCCAUACGGUUCGCCCGGUCACUUUAUCCGAGAUCGGCGAUGGGAUUACGACGAUGACCUCGGUCGGCACUCGGUUUCAGGGGCCUACGACGACGAGGAGACCGCCGCCCAUGCGUACGAUCUAGCGGCAUUGAAGUACUGGGGGAAAGACACCGUGCUCAACUUUCCGGUGAGCCCAUUCAAUUCAUCCAUGGGGAGACUCCCUCUCCUUCCCACAACUCUCCUCCGCAAUUCUCCUCAUCUUCCUGGCCAAAAUAACAGCUGUCGACGUACCACGAGAAGCUGAAGGAAAUGGAAGGGCUCUCCAGGGAGGAAUACAUCGGGUCCUUAAGGAGGUGAGGCCAGCUAGAAACAGCAAACCCGAGAGGUGGGUGGGUGGGUUGGGGGUUAAUGAGUUCCUCGGUCCAGCUAAUGAAUGGCGCGUUCUCCUGAUUCUCCAGGAAAAGCAGCGGGUUCUCCCGGGGAGUUUCCAAGUACAGAGGCGUAGCCAGGUAUUGCUCGCCCUGACGCCGUAAAUGAGUUUUCUCAGCCGGUAGCUGCGACAGUUCAUCGUCUACCUGGCUUCUGCUCUGUAUUGAACUGUUCUCUCUCUCUCUCUCUCUCUCUCUCUCUCUCCCCUGCACCAGGCAUCAUCACAACGGACGGUGGGAAGCCCGGAUCGGCAGGGUUUUCGGCAACAAGUACCUCUAUCUUGGAACCUAUGGUAACUCAUCUCUCUCUCUCUCUCUCUCUCUCUCACACACACACCCCCCGACGCAUUUUAAAUUAGUUCAGGCAGCCACUGGAGAAAAACAAACGUAGAUCAGUCUUAGUUCGCAACCGGCGGCUGCUCCGUUUCGUCGCUAGGUGACGAACCAAACUUGAGACUUCAGCCUGGCGACUCUGACCCGGGCUAAACGAUCCCUGGGGGGGGUGGCAUCUGUGGGACGAAGGGGAGUUCCGCUGCCACCUACGAUUUUCCAAGGGUUUGCUCGUCGCAUCCGUCCAUCUCGGCGCUCUUUUUUGACCUGAAACGGCGUGCGGGCGUUCCCCUCGCCGGCGGCGGAAUCUCAGUCAAUUCCUGCGGGUGUUGAAGAGGCCCGUGGCGUAUAAAUUAUCAGCCUUUCGCCGUCAUCGGACGCAAAAUUUGAAUUUACCCGGUGCAACCAGUCUGCUACCGUCUUACGUCAGAUUUUCAUAUUUCAUAUUACCUCUAUGUGGGAGGCUUUAAGUCCAAAACACCUAUUGUUACGACUUCCUUUUCUUCUCAUCCAUUUUUCCUUUUGAAGAGAGAGAGAGGGAGAGGGAGAGAGAGAGAGAGAGAGAGAGAGAGAGAGAGAGAGAGAGAGAGAGGCAUUUAUAGGUCGGAAAGAGAGUUGCAAAGUCAUAAAAUCUGGGGUCGUGGGAGGGAGGAGGGGAGGGGCCAACUACCAACUGUCCCUUAAGUGCAUGCACUUAAAACUGAUCAGCCAAGCAUGCAACUCCAAUAAGUGACGAUCAAGAAGAGCUUUUGGGGAGUUGACCCACCAUUUCUUCUUGAUGUUCUUCUGCAGCCACUCAAGAGGAGGCGGCGACGGCGUAUGACAUGGCGGCGAUCGAGUACCGCGGUCUCAACGCGGUCACGAACUUUGAUCUCAGCCGCUACGUGCAGCGCCUCCAACCCACUGCCGCCUCCGACCCCAGCGGCGGCGGCUAUCUGGGCCAGAAGGCGGGGGGGGCGUCUCCCCUGGCGGAGGCGCCCCCGACGCCGCCGGAGUCCGACAUCCGCCCACCGCGGCGGCGCUGCUUCCCGGAGGAGGUGCAAACCUGCUUUGAGGGCCCCGGCGCUGGCAACCUCACCGGCGGCAGCGAAGACGUCGUCUUCGAAGACGUCGAUGCCUUCCUGUCCACGGUGUUCCAGUGGGAGCUUGACUCCUAG